UGUUACUGUCCUCGCAUAUUAACUUUUUAAAAAUUAAAUGAGCUAAUUAUUUUCCUAAUUUAGGUGCUAGUUUUGUAGGCUUUUGAGAGAAUGAACCGAGGGGAGCCUAGAAGUCGAGGUGUGGGGCGUGGUGGAAUGGGUAGAGGCUUUGGACGAGGCACCUACCGUGUUACAUCCCCUGAGGGAAGUGUUCAUGAUGUGGCAGUGAAUCGCCCCAAAUCCAGGAGGAGGGACCUGGAGGGACUCUUUGUGACUGGGAAACUGUAUGUCAGGAAUGUUCCAUGCAAUAAUCAGGAUGAAAUCAGGAUCAUGUUUGAGAACUUUGGGGAGCUGACCAAUUUUUUUGUUUUUGCCUCCCGGUAUGAGACAGAAGAUGGACAGCCACUUUCAGAUGCCUUGGUGCAGUACAAAACCUUCAGGGAAGCAGAGGAUGCUCUUCGGAACUUACACAACUGUGAGCCAUACUUCCUUGACAUUGAAUUUGCCAUCACAGAUCAGGAGAAGGCCGAAGGUUACACCUCAGGUGAAGAUGACAGUGUCAUCCCCACCAUCCUGUGGAGAGAGGAAGAUGUCAUUUCUGUGGACAUUGUGGUGAGGAGAAAUGUGGGGAUUGUCACACAAUUUGGUAUUGCUCCACUCAAUGCCAGACCAGGGACUGGCCACAGCAUCAGAAGUUCUGUCGUCCUUUACCGUAAGUCAUGA